UGAUGGUUUUAAGCAAAACAAUAUUCAUGUUUAAACAAAUUAUAACAAGUAAAUUAAACAAUUAAAAAGUAUGAUUAAAAACCCUUUAAUAAUAAUAUAAAUAUGUAGUAAUUGCCAGUGGAAUGUGCCACUUUAGUGACCUACUAAAAUCAGACCUGUUGAAUAUCGUGUAUAAGUGUUAAAUUAUUAAUAUUUAAAAUUGAUGUAAAUUUGUUUUAAUAUAAUAAGGAAUUAAUAACAAUGUUACAUUAAAAAUUAUCUGUUAUUUUUUGACGUGUUAACAUGUCAAAUAAGAAACAACAACAACCUUAUAUUGGAAAGCCACCAACAUUAGAGGGUUCAGUCCCGCCAAGAUAUCAACCACCCCCACAGCCAGGUAUCUUGAAGCACGCUCCACAACAACCAACACAACAACAACAACCAUCAUCUGUGGUACCUUCUACGUCAGCAGGUUUACAUCCAAAAGAUGGUAAACAUCCACAAUAUUUACAUAAAGUAUCUGCAGAUGUUUUAAAAUCAGCUACACAACCAUUAGAUCCAAGUAAAUAUUAUCCUCCACCGUCAUUUAUCCCAAAUUCACAAUUCCCACCUCAGCAUCCUGGUGCAAUAGGAAAUCAAUUAGGUAUUCCUAUUCAACACAGACAGCAUAGAUUGCCCUCCACUGACGAAGAUCAAAGUAAUCCUGAGCAUCACAGACAAAGAAAUUUUGAAGAAGAUAUACGAAGACAACACGCUUUAGCUAAUACUAGACCACAUCGAUCAUCAGAGGAAGCUUUUAAUCGAUUAAUUCCAAAUACAAAAACACCUGAAGAAUUAUCACAAGCAACUAAUAUUAUAGUACAUCGACCACCACACGAAGAAUUUCAAAGAACGCAUAUUCCACCACAUCGAUCCCAAAGAUUUACAGACGACGAAUUAUUACGAUUGCCACCUGUGGAAAUGUUAAAAUUUGUAAGAAAGUCAGAAAGUGAAAGCGCACGCAUUGCAUCCGAACAACAUAGACAUUUACAAAAUUUAGUAAAUGAAAUACGAGCUUUGAAAGAAGCCAAUCAAAGACUUGGUGAUGAUAAUCAAGAAUUAAGAGAUUUGUGUUGUUUCUUGGAUGAUGAUCGUCAAAAAGGUAGAAAGUUAGCUCGUGAAUGGCAAAGAUUUGGUCGGUAUACAGCUAGUGUUAUGCGACAAGAGGUGUCUGCUUAUCAAAAUAAGUUACGUGAAUUAGACAAUAAGCAACAAGAGUUAAUUAAAGAUAAUUUGGAACUAAAGGAAUUAUGUUUAUAUUUGGAUGAAGAACGUGGAGGAAGUAGUGUGUGUCCUUCUUGUGGAAGUGCUACAAGUGGUGGUAUGCGAGACGAUGGCGAUGGAAGCAGUUCAAGUACGAAUGCAGACGAACCUGUGGUAACAACAGAUUUUAAUGGGGUUGUAACUUCAGCACCAAGAAGAUCGGCCAGUCGAGAGCGACUCUUACAUGAAAGCUUAGCGCGACAAAGAACUACAUUCAAUGAUCAAACAAUGCAAUAUGUGAGAAGUUUAGAACAAAGAGUAAAACAAUUAGAAGAUGAAAAACGUGCAUUACAAAAUAAAAUGUCGGAAUUUUCUGAUGGUGAUCCUAAUAUUAUGAACAAUAUGGAUGCGAAUAAUACUGUUCUUUCUGGAAGACCGGAAGCUGUAGUUCGUGCUCUCCAAGUACUCGAAGUACGCGAGCAACUUGAGAGAGAAGGUCGUGUACCAGAAAGAGAUCAGCGUGCACCACCCGAUCGUGUUGAAGGUGUCAAUGGCAGUAUUACUUCAGAUAUGGAUGAUGGCGAAAAAGCUUUGGUUAGAGAAAUGUGUAAUGUUGUUUGGAGAAAGUUAGAAGAAGCACCCGUCCCAAGAAGAUAAUCUCAAGUUUAAUUUGUAUAAUAAAAAUUACAUUCCUUUGUAAAAUGGUAAGAAAAUAUGGAAAGCUAUUUCACUUGACGGUUUUUUUUUGUAUAUUAAUAUUUAAAUUAUUUAUUUUUCAAAUAUUUAACCAAAGAUUAUAAUUAAAUAAAAUCACAAAGUUAUAAUCUUUGCUAAAACGUAAAAUAAUUUUUUAUCACAUUUUGAGCAAAUGUUUUUUGCUACACAAUCAUAGUACAAAUCUAAUUUGAAUAGUUUUUUUUUUUCAAAAUAUAUUUUAGUGAGUAGAUAAAGAAUCGCAUGCACUAAAAAUAGAAAUAAAUAUUGA